GGGAAACUCGUAUUUACGGUAAUUCCGAUUGCACUUGAAGGGAGCAUAAAUGGUUGUAGUAUAUUUGACAGCUGUGUGGUAGUGGACACGCGAUUCCUAGGCUCUAAGUUGGAGGUGUCCAGUCUGUAGAUUUAGGAGAAGUCUUCUGAGCUUCAUUGCAGGUUUGUAAACUUUAUAAGGAUGUCGGUGAAACUUAGUGACUGAAGGAGCAACGGAGUGAAGUGAAGGCAAAAUGAGGAGUCGCAGUAAUUCUGGAGUCAAACUCGACAACUAUGCUCGGAUAAUUCACCAAACUAUCCUUCGCCACCAAGAUCCAGUGACUGGUCUUCUUCCUGCGAGUGAGGAACAGCCGGAUGCCUGGGUCAGGGAUAACGUCUACAGCAUCAUCUCUGUGUGGGCUCUAAGUCUAGCCUACAGGAAGAAUGCAGACCGGGACGAGGACAAGGCCAAGGCUUACGAGCUGGAGCAGAGUGUUGUGAAGCUUAUGAGAGGCCUACUUCAGUGCAUCAUGCGGCAGCUGGACAAAGUGGAGAAAUUCAAGUACAGCAAGAGCACCAUGGACUGUGUCCAUGCCAAGUACAACACACGCACUUGUGCCACAGUGGUCGGUGAUACUGAGUGGGGCCACUUACAGAUGGAUGCCACCUCACUCUUCCUGCUCUUUCUAGCACAGAUGACUGCCUCGGGUUUGCACAUUGUGUACACUCAGGAUGAAGUAGAUGUGAUCCAGAAUCUGAUGUUUUACAUUGAAGCUGCAUACAAAGUGGCGGACUACGGAAUGUGGGAGCGAGGGGACAAGACUAAUCAGGGCAUCCCUGAGCUCAACGCCAGCUCCAUCGGCAUGGCCAAAGCAGCACUGGAGGCACUGGAUGAGUUGAAUCUGUUUGGGGCUAAAGGAGGGCCCAGCUCAGUGGUCCAUGCUCUGCCUGAUGACAUCCAGCACUGUCAGUCCAUUCUUAACUCCAUGUUGCCCAGAGCGUCCACAUCGAAAGAAGUAGAUGCUGGCGUUCUCGCCAUUAUCUCAUAUCCAGCCUUUGCUGUGGAGGACAUGGAAUUAGUCAACAUCACCAAAGAGGAAAUCAUUUCCAAACUACAGGGGCGAUAUGGUUGCUGUCGGUUUCUCAGAGAUGGUCAUAAAACCCCUAAGGAGGAUCCCAAUAGGCUGUAUUAUGAAUCUGCUGAGUUGAAGCUGUUUGAGAACAUUGAAUGUGAGUGGCCUCUCUUCUGGACCUACCUCAUCCUUGAUGGCAUCUUUCUAAACAACCAAGAGCAGGUGCAGGAAUACAGAGAGGCACUGGAUGGUAUACUAAUCAAACAGAAGGAUGGGAUACGUCUGCUACCCGAACUCUACAGUGUCCCUCCUGAUCGGGUAGAUGAGGAGUAUGAGAAUCCUCACUCUGUAGAGAGGAUCCCUAUGGGCAAGUGCCCUCUAAAGUGGGGCCAGUCACUGUACAUUCUGGGAAAUCUGUUGGCAGAGGGCUUCCUGGCCCCUGGAGAAAUAGACCCACUCAACCGCAGAUUCUCCACCAUCCCCAAGCCUGAUGUGGUUGUCCAAGUGUGCAUUCUGGCAGAAAAUGAUGAGAUUAAGGCAUUGCUACUGAAGAAUGGGAUAGAGGUGGAUACAGUGGCAGACAUCCACCCCAUCAGAGUGCAACCUUCUCGAGUUCUUGGUUACAUUUACGCCCGACUAGGACGUAAUCAGAGGCUGGGGCUGACUGGCAGGCCAUAUCGCAGGAUUGGUGUAUUGGGGACCUCCAAGCUCUACAUCAUCCGCAACACUAUCUUCACCUUUACACCUCAGUUCAUUGAUCACCAGCAGUUUUACUUGGCCCUUGAUAACAGGAUGAUUGUGGAGAUGCUACGUACUGAUCUUUCCUACUUGUCCUCUCGCUGGAGAAUGACAGGCCGGCCUACUGUCACCUUCCCUGUCUCCCAGACCAUGCUCACUGAGAACCACACAGACUUGGACCCUGUAGUACUGGCCACUCUGAACAAACUUCAGGAUGGCUACUAUGGAGGAGCAAGGAUACAGACAGGAAAGUUGUCGGAGUUCUUGACCACGUCCUGUUUUGCUCAUCUGAGCUUCUUGGAUAGUGGUAAGCCUCGCUCCAGCAGUCUGAGCUGGGGCAAGGAUGAGGAUGAUGAGUACAGCUUCCAUAAUGAAGGCACUAUGCAUAAUCUCGACAUUAGUGAUGAUGGAGAUGAUCUUGCACAGUAUUUGGAUCAGCUUUUGACCACUGCAGUGCCUCAGCGGGGGAUGAGAGCAGAGGACAAGGCCAGCGGGCUCUGCCGUUUCAGAGCUGCAGCCAAUCAAACAAGAGAGAUAGUGUCUUUAGUCCACAAGGCCAGAGAUCUCCAGCUACAUAAUGUGCAAAUGUAUCUGCCCACCAAGCUCUUUCGAUCACCUCAACCAUCUCUUAAUUUAAAAGACUCCUCUAGACCAGAACCAAGCCAGGGUCCAGAGAUGUUUGUGUCGUCAGAUUUAAACCUGCCCCGUGAUGCUAAUGGAGCUAUAGAUUACAUGGCUCUGGCCCAGCUGCUUAAGGAUACACAGGGUCUCCAAGACCAGGCGGACAUCCUAUACAUCCUCUUCAAAGACAAGGGGAUGGAUUGGGACACACAGCUGUAUGGUAAAGGCACUACAGUGCACAGGCUGCUGAUGGAGCUGUAUGAAAAGGCAGGAGACCUGCGCUGCUGGGGCCUCAUCCGUAUGAUCUCUGGCAUGCUACGCAAAAAAGUGGAGGAGCUUGACUGGGCCUGUUCUGAUUUGCUGGCUCAUCAGAAGCACUUAACGGUGGGUUUACCUCCUGAACCGAGGGAAAAGACCAUCACUGCGCCAAUGCCACCGGACCUGCUGGCUAAACUUAUAGAUGAAGCCAGUGAGAACAACAUAACAAUCUCUAUCCUCACCCAGGAGAUCAUGGUGUACCUGGCGAUGAAAAUCAGGACACAGCCAGGUCUGUUCAGUGAGAUGUUUAGGCUGAGGAUUGGCCUCAUCAUUCAGGUCAUGGCUACUGAACUGGCCCAGUCUCUUAACUGUUCAGAUGAGGAAGCCACAGAAAGUCUGAUGAGUUUGAGUCCUUCUGAGCUGAAGAAUCUUUUACAUCACAUCCUCAGUGGCAAAGAGUUUGGUGUGCAGAGGCAUGUGGAUACAGGUGUGAGUCCUGCCAUCUCUAUCCAUGAAGUCGGCCAUGUGGGUGCCACCAAAAGUGAGCGUGCUGGCAUCAGCAAACUGAAAAGUGAUAUGAAGAUGCUGGAAGACAGGAGAUUGUCUUGGUCGGCUCAGAGUAAGACCUUUUCAGCACAGUCCUUUGAUACUGACCACACAGAGUCUGUUAUGCACCGUCUGACUUCAUUCGAGUCAUUUGAUGGCUCUGUGAGUGUUCCAGUUGCGCUGGAUAGCCGCCAGGGCCAGUGGCUUCGCAGGAGGAGGCUGGAUGGAGCCCUCAACAGAGUGCCAGUGGGAUUUUAUCAGAAAGUCUGGAAGAUUCUGCAGAAGUGUCAUGGGCUGUCGAUAGAAGGCUUUGUGCUCCCAUCAUCCACUACAAGAGAGAUGACGCCAGGUGAGAUUAAGUUUGCGGUGCAUGUGGAGACAGUACUGAACAGAGUGCCUCAGCCCGAGUACAGGCAGCUGCUAGUGGAGGCAAUCCUGGUGCUCACCAUGCUGGCUGACGUCGAUAUCCAAAGCUUUGGCAGCAUCAUCCACGUGGAGAAGAUCGUCCACAUCGCAAAUGACAUGUUCUACCAGGACCAGAAAGCUCUUAAUGCUGAAGAGAACAUUUUAGAAAGGGACACAUCCACAGGCAUCUGUCGGCUCCUGUACGAUAGCGCACCCAGUGGCCGCUUUGGCACAAUGACGUACCUCACAAAGGCAGUGGCUACCUACGUACAGGACUUUCUGCCCAGUGGCUCAUGUGCUUUGCAGUGAUGUAAUGUCUUAAGAGUAGAGACAUUUUAAAGAAGUCAAAGAAACUCAUAUCGGUUUAGGUCAUUGUACAAUAUUUAAACAUUCAUGGCUUUCAGGCAGUAAAGCAUUACGCUGAUGGAGAAGAUGGUAGUUUUCAGUUUUCAUAGCCAUUGUGUGUGAGUAAUAGCAGAGUUUCUCUGUGAGUGCAUUUAACUGUGUGUGUACAUUAUUUCAUUAUAUCAUGUACUGUUUGUUUACUGAUCAUAUUUGGAUGAGGUUGGUUGCAUGAAAGUACUGUUGUCAGUGCGGCAGCUUUUCUGUCAGACUAAGAGAAGAGUUCUCUCUUUCAUUCUCCCUUUCAUUUUUUCCUUUUUUAACACAUAACAGUCUCAAAUCAUAUGGCAUCAACCAACAGUCUAAUCAUUGUGAUUAGACUGUCUAAUAAGUUACAAAGGAAUAUUUUAUGUAUGGAGUUUGAUUUUUUUUUUCCUUGCGCAGUAUGUUUACUUGUCAUCUAGUUCUGUAUAAUUCAGACAGCAUGAUGACUUUUACUAGUUAAAACAUUAUUUUAAGUACUUCAGCUUCAUCAGAGAAAUAAGUUCUUUUUAAAGCAAAUACUUUGCACACUUUGAACAUAAUAUAGAAGCUAGUAAAUAAAAUAAAUAAUUUGUGUGCCUAAAAUAUGUUUUCAUAUAUGGUGAAAUAAAUAAAAAAUAGAUAUCUUG